GUACGACGAACUUUGUUCUCCCGCCUCGCGAACAAGUGCAGCAGAGCAAUACGAGGUCCACGACACUGCCACGGUCCAUUUCACAGCAAUUUCAAUUUAUUUCCUCCUGGUCUACUGGUAACGGUAAAUACGGAACGACGACGCGAGGUCUAUAGACCCCCCGUCGGAACCUUGACAAGUAGACCGGUAGGAUGUAACUGUAACUUUCCGUAUCACUCGAGACCCGCAAGAGAGUCCGCUGCCACACAAAACAACGCAUGUCGAUUCAUCUACGCAUUGUUCUCGUGGCCCGAGCAUCCUCCGCUUUUCUUUCACCGGAUUGAUCGAGAGUAGCCGUGCCAGGAAUAUGGUCGCCGUUUCUCCAUGGCACCCGUUCGGAUUGACGUUGGUCUCCCGCUACAUGAUCACUGCCGCAUUGGGCCUUUCCAUCACGAUCGCGAUGGACUGCCAUCUGGUCAUUCUCGAACAUCAAGGUACCGAUCAGGAAUCAACCUCCGUCUUUCUGGGACUUUUCCAAUACCAACCCCUCGUCGGUGACGACCAGGCCGACACCAGGUACACUCGCUUUGGACAUUGGGGCUUUAGCAAAACGGAAGAGGAAGCAUCGACGCUAUCCUGUCGAGCGUAUCCCGACGACUGGAAUACCGCCGACGACUUGGUGGACGACGGCUCGCAUUCUGGUAGUGGUUGCGAAUACCUUGGGAGGAAUCUUGACGUUGCUGUAUUGGGCUUCUCUCUGGGUGCCUUUGCUCUUCGACCUAGAUCUUCACCAUGUUCGGUGCGUCGUGGCGGCCACAUUGACAUCCGUCGUGCUGCCAUCCUUGCUCGGAAUUUCUGCCUGGAUGGUUGUGCAAAGCUCCGAAUUUUGCAAUCGAGUCGACGGCGAUACUCGGGCAACAACAGCACGGACGAGUGGCUUUACGAGUUUGCGGCCCGAGACGGUACUACGACUUGUCGGUACGACCGCGUCUCUUUCGUGGCGCUCACGGCGUUGUUGUGGUUUUUGGCUGGUGUGGGCAUGUACGUGGGCUUGUGGGAACAGGCACAGGAUUUCUGUGUCGGCGACUACCUUGUGGACGGAGGCGCACCCUCGGGUCGAAUCGACGACGACGAAAACAACCACGACGGCCAUACCGUCGUCUCGGAAGUCGACUGGCACGACGAAGAAAAUCUCAAAGCGGGCGGUGACGUCCCGGAGAAUUAUGACGUUGUGAUUCAGUCGGAUAUGAACGACGAAGAACCAGAUAAGGAACUCGAAGUAGAAUGGGUAGACAAGAUUGUCGAGUUAGAUUCGGCGGAAGACCUAGAAAUAAACGUGGCCGAGGACUCGGCUUGA